GCCAUUGUCGAUUCAAACUCUUUUCUUUGUGCGUGUCGAUUCGGCGGCUUGUGUCGUGCAUCUUGCACGAGAGCGCGGUCCGCGUUCGCUUGUCGGCUGUCUCGCUUUGUCAGGAGAUCGUCGCCGGCCUCUGUCGUGUGAUUCUGAAAAUCAUUGCACAUCCCGGCUUUCCUAGGCAUACCGACGCUUGGUUCAACUGCGGCGGUGCAGUGAAAAAUCACGGAUACGUGUGCUCUACUUCACGUGCUUCGCCUCUUUCCACGGUUGCAACGUUGGGACCCUUAGCAGAUUUGGCUGUCAGCCCGCGCAAAAAUUCGAUUUCGCCUCGUUAAAUCUUCGCCGCUGCUCACCACUUUGUCUGCUCAUCAGACCCCGAGAAAGAGUUAUUGGAGAUUGUACUUCUGAAUCAUCGUGGGAAUGACGCCGAAUUUAUUCGUCGCGACCCAGAAGGUCUUCCAGCCGCGGAAAUGGUUCAAGAAGCCGAACGACAAGCCUCAGCGGAGAACUGAGCACUGGAAGUCACCAGUUCCUGGGGUGUACGAGUAUAUUCCUGGCCGUGGAUGGUACCUUGUCGCCACGUACAAAGAGCAUGGCGAGUCUGAUGCUGUCGAGAUCGCGUCCAAGGAGGGAGGUCCGGUAGGAGGGGCCGAUUCUGCAAAGCCCAAGGAGACUGUUCCGGUUGCUUCGCCUGUUCCAGUGCGCUACUCCAAAGUUCUCAAGAAGUAUCUCCUCAAUCCAGAUUACGAGGUCCGGAAGAGGUACGGCACGAUCGAGAACGCCAAAGGCCGCAUGGUCCAGGUAGGCUUCUUUCAGCUCGACGACGGCGUCGCCUGGGUCAACUGCUGGGACGAAGAGGGCGAGUUCAUCCCCGGCCCGUACAAGCUGUGGUGCAUUGGCAAGAACGAUCGCUUCCGCCAUAUGCUUAAAGCCGACGACCCGGAAUAUCAGCGCUCGCACCCAAACUCUCGCGCUGGCUCCCGGGCGAACUCUAUCGAGCGCGAGGCAGGUUCUCGUCGCAACAGCCAAGAUUCACGCAGCACUCAGUACCGCCCUGGCCCUGGUAGCACGUACGAUGGACCCAGCGUGCCAUCAUCGCGCGCGAACAGCGUCAGGAACUUCACGCCUUCGGAUCCUGCCUCGAAAUCCGGCAGCCGGGCUAAUUCGCGCCGUAAUAGCCUUACGCGCGGUCAACGGAGCCCCCGGAUUCUGCUUGACGAUGCGAACCCUGCGCUGAGGGAGUUGGCAAUGUCGCAAGCCGCCAAAGAGCGCUCGAAUCGUUCCAUCGAGACGACGAAAGGCUGAAAACGUUAGCUGUACGGUGAUGGCGGUGGUGUUGGUGUUGUGUGUUGUAGGAUGACGUGCACGCGACAACAGCUCUGGUCGACGUUCGCACAGCAAUCGCGACCUACGAACCCCGACGGCAUACUUCACGAUACAUAAUUAUAGCGCAGCGAACAUUUCUUUACGUCACAGCCCGGUACAUAGCGUCCCGGUGGCACUCUGCACAGGCGUUCCAUUGCAUUUCUUUUCUCUCGGACAGGGCGUCACGACAGCGGCAAUCAAAAGUAAACGGUAUACCCAGUCAGCAUCAUGUAUGACAACUGCACUCUGUUAGAUUAUUGGGCGUUCAUCUCGCGACAGUACUUAUAUAAUAUUUGUAGUUUCACUCAUGCAAUUGCGGAUCUUUCAAGAGUGCGAGGGCUGUUUGUGUGAUGCUGA